AUCAUGGAGGCUAAAUGUGUUGUCAAGUGAAGCUUUCGCAUGCUUGUUUAUUUCUGUAUUGUGAAGUGCCUCGAAAGAUUCAGAGUACAGAUGUAAAAUAUGUAUCAAUGGAUAAUUGUAAAUAAUGACCAUAGUUUUGGAUAAGUACAGUUUAAGUUAAUUAAUAUGGGUAGCUUAGAUGCGACGUCAACGUCGCUUGCUGAGGACUUGCAGGAUUUGCAGCUUGAUAGACCCACUAAAGGUCUAAAGUCGGUAGAGGAACUUGAAAAAUUAACGGUUGACGAACAUUUGAGUGAUAUCGAGAGGGCAGUUUAUUUACUGAGUUCUGGACAAGAAGUACAAAGGAUAAGUGUGAUCCACAACCUGCCGGACUUACUCCGCGACACCGAGAGUCAUGAUGAGUGUAUGCGACGCGUCGUCCCUAAAGUCAGGGAGGUGCUCCAUGUGGCCCAGACUGAGAUGCAGCUGGCCGCUUCCUCAGCUUUCCUUCAGAUCUUACAGAAGAACCUCGUUCCUAUCCAAAAUUACUCACAGACAUUCCUACAGACAAUCCUCAAUAGUGUGGACAGCAAAGAUCCAGAUGUGGCUUCAGCCUGGUUGGAUACCCUACUAGAUGUCAUCGAUCUCCUACCCAAAGAAGUCAUCAAAAAAGAGAUUCUGGGGUCUGCCAUCGCCAAGGGACAACUAGCUCAAUCGGUUCAGUCACGAUUAGCAUGCUGUCGAAUUCUGGGCAAAAUAUCUACCAAAUUCGAACCAUUCGUAAUCAAGAAAGAGAUUCUACCUGUUGUACAGUCCCUUUGUCAGGACGUCGAUUACGAGGUCAGAGGUUGCAUGUGUCGGCAGUUAGACUGUGUUGCCAGGGGGCUAGGGUUGGAGGCCACAAAGAGUGCAAUACUUCCAGAGCUUGUAGAGUUGACCAAUGAUGAAGAAUGUCAUGUACGGAUAGCUGGUCUGGAGACCGUGGUCAACAUUCUCAGUCUGCUGGACUCAGAAACUUGUGGUACCACAAUAAUUCCUCUGGUGUGUAAGAUCUGCCAGCAGGCAGUGCAGGCUGAAGAUGCCACGUUACCUGUGGUGGCUACUCAGCUGGGCAAGUUGUGUCAUGGUAUUUCAGACAAUUUGACAGAUGAACAGAAGCAGUGGUUUAUAGACUACUAUAAGAAGCUUUGUCAUGUGGGUUUAGAAAAGAACAAGGCAAGUAGUAGAGUGACCACGCCUGUAAGUGAAAAGGAUCGCAAUAAAGAAGCAGACUUGCCUGAUAUCUUUGAGUUGGAAGACAAAUUGGUGGAGUGUAGAAAAAACAGUGCAUUUAAUUUCCCUGCAAUGGUUUUAUUUACUGGUGCAAAACAGUUCAAGUCUGACCUACAUGUGACCUUUACUCACCUCUGUAAGGAUCCCCAUUUCAUAGUUCGGAAAACUAUUUCAAGCGGUUUUCACGAAGUAUGUAAGCUGCUAGGAAACAGCGCACAGUUGAUUCAGUCAGAUUUAGUGGCCUUGUUGAAGGAUGACUCAAUAGACGUACUAAAAGGUGUUGUGAGCAAUAUGCCAGCCAUUCUGGACUGUUACAUGACCAGUGGCAGCAAUCACACAGUUACCGAGUCUAAAUCUGGCCCCCUUUCCGACAUCAUUCCAGCCUUUCUGGCAUCAGAGAAUGUGAUUUUUACCUCCAAUAACUGGAGACUUCAGCAGGAGUUGAUGGAGAGUAUGGCUUGCCUUAUUAGAUGUUACUCCAGUGAAAACCUCUACAACAAAGUCAUUCCAAUACUGAAACAAAAGCUCUGCAAAGCUAGGGCACUGCCAGUGAAGAUAGCGGCUGCUAGGUCUUUAUUGACCUUGACAAGGAAGGUGAAGAAACGCGAACAAAGAGAAGAAAUAUUUCACAUUUUAAUUCAAGACUUUUGCCAUGCCAGGAAGUGUUAUCUUAGAAGUGUCUUUGUGGACAUCUGUAGUGUUGUGAUAGAACUGUACUCCAAGAAAUUCUUCAAGGAAACUUUCUUUGAAUAUCUAUUGGAAUUACACACAGACAGUGUGCCAAAUAUAAGACUACGUUUGUGUUCAAUUUUACCUGACUUAAAACGUUUACUAAUCCUUCCGACUGAUCGAGGUCUCUUACAGCAAUUAGACGCUUGUGUUCGCAAAUUGUUAGUUUCUGAAAAGGAUAGAGACGUGGCAGAUGCUAUUCACAGUGCUGUGGAGGAAUUGGACAAAAUUCACAUUCCAAUGCAAUCUAUGACACGAAGAAACUUCUUUGAACAAGAUUUUGAAGAUCAAAAGAAAGAGGAAGAAGAAAAAAUAUUACUGGAGAAUGAGGAGAGGGAAAUGAAGAAGGAGGAAGAAGCGGCAGAAAAGAAGAAGGGAGACAAACGCAAUCUAGUGUCGGCUAAAAAGGGCUCGGAAAACGGCUCCUCCAGUAAAAUCCCAGCCCCACGGAAAGGUUCGCGAGCUGGCUUAUCGGGCUCAAAUUCCACUACAAAGAAUGAGAACAAACCGGUCACUCCCAACACAAAGGGGACGGGAACCAGUAAUAAUAGACUGGUCAAAUCUAAGUCCAUCAAUUGUAUUUCUCAAAUUCCAAGACGAGAUACUGAAGAUCUAGAUAGCAAGGAGUUGUCAAAGACUAAGAUUGUGUCAUCUGCCCCCACCCCGGGGAAGACUCCAGGCAAUAAAGCUCAGGUGAACAGUAACACAUCCAAACUGCCAUCAAGAGAUUCCAACGUAAACAAAAAGGGAGUUUCGUCUCCUAAACUAUCACGACUGCCUCUGUACAACUCCAACCCAAAUCUUCACCAGGGACGACCGUCUUCUCCCUCCCUUAUCCCCAUCAAAGCCUCCACCACAAGUACAACCAACAAAACGAGCAAGACGACUCGCGGAAGUGGUAUCCCGGCCCCCGGGAGUGCAGGAUUAAGACGUGCCUCUGUGCCCACUAUUUCUACCAACAGAAGAGGAUCAUUAGGUGGUCAGCUUAGCACUGAGGUGACUCCAAAAGCAAAAGGCAGUAAUGGUGCACUGACUCCGUCCAUUAAAGAAAGGAAACAAUCGAGAUAAUCUGGUGCAGUAAGGAAGCAUCUGCAUCAAGAUGCAUCUUGGGAAACAUUGUUUCUAUAGUGACUGUGAUAGAACCAAUCAGAUUUCACCUGAUGUUUGUGUAUUAUGUUGAUCCUGUUAAGUUUAUUACUUAUAUACUGCUGAAAAACACGGACAGAUUUUACUUCAAAAAAGAAGGAAGUUAAUAAAAAGACAUCUGCUAAAUCAAUACUGCUAAUGAAGACAUCUGCUAAAUCAAUACUGUGUUAAUGAAGACAGCUGCUAAAUCAAUACUGUUAAUGAAGACAUCUGCUAAAUCAGUACUGUGUUAAUGAACACAUCUUCUAAAUCAAUACAUGUACUGUUAACUAAUGACGGUGGCAAAUCAUGAGGGUGGACUAGCACCAUUUGUAAAGUGCCUGGAAGUUGAAGUAUAUUUGUAUGUCAUUUGAGAUGUGCAAGACCGGACAACAUUCCAUUCUUUUUUUUUUUGUUUUAUUCAUAAUUUAUAAUAGUCAUAUUAGCAAAAUGAUCACAAGUAUAAAUCAAAAUCCUGUGAUGUCUUCAUGUUGAUUUUGUACUGAAAAACUGUUGCAGGAUUUUUUUUUUUUAGAAGACAAUGUAUUACAAAAUGGCUUUCUGUGUCAGUUGGAAUAAAUACGCAUAGUAGAAACUAUGAAAUGUCAGUUAUUCAGGUACAAAACUGAGUCAUUCCAGUAAUUUAAAGCUAGAUUAAAAAAAAGUGCCUAGAUUGUUGAAAACUUGUAAAUUUCAGUGAAGAAAUAAUGUUGCAAUUAUUACUCUGUAGGUUAUUUGUCUCAGAUUUCUGUAUGUGUUGCUAUCAGCAUGUUUUCUGGGUGCAAUCAUUAGAUGAGAGUUAUUCCAGAAAUAUAUGGGAAAUUAAUGUAAUACAUGUAUAUUUUUUAAGGGAAAUGGCAGAGCAUUGUUACAAUAAUCCUAGAUUUGUUACUUUAAACAAAGUUGAAAUUUCUGUUUUUGCAGAGCUAGAGUGUAAAAAUUCAUUAAAAAUUAAAUCACUUUUUUUAUAUUUUCAUUCCAGUAUUCUGAAGACUUUCUAUGCCAUAAUUUGAUUGUUUUAAACAGUGUUAAGAAGCGAAUGUUCUGUAAUGUUGAUGUAUUAGUGUUUUUGUUGAAUGAAGAAUUUUGUGCAAUUGGCAAUGAAUCAGACAUAAUUCUAUGUGCAUGUGUGUUUUACACAGUAUUUUUCUUGGUGUUACAUAUGUUGAAAGACUGUGUUAUCUAUGAGAGGGAGUUUAUUUUUGUUGAUUAAGAAACCUAGAUGUGCCUGUUGUGUAUGAAAUUUUAAUAUUUUACUCUUUAAAGUUGAGAUCAUUUUUUUAAUUUUUAAAAAAAUGUUAAGUAACAGCUCAUUGUAGAAGCCCAUACUUUCAGAUAUUUACUACUUGGCACCUACAUUUAAUUGUAGUAUUAGAUAUAUUGUCUUCUUUUGUUUACACUACAGUAUUUUGAAAAUAAAAAUUGCACUAUAGACAGCUGGUAGAGAAAAAAAGGAUUUUUUACAUUUAUAUUCAGUGAUAAACAUUUUAAACUAAAGAUAAUGCAUUCUUCUGUGAUGAACACAGUCUGUGUUCAGUGCUUGUAACCUCUGAUGCAAUAGAAACCUAAAGAGAUUGUUCCAAGUUUUAUUUACGACCAAUCAUGUUACAAUGUUUUAUCAAAAGCACUGCAAGUACAAGGGUUAAACAGGAAGUCAAAAGUUUGAAGAAUCAUAGAAUAGCCUCCCUUUAGCCAAAAUAAAAUGUCACUUCUAAAGGCAAUAAAAUAGUUCCUUAGAUGUGACAGACAGGUAGACAAGGAGACUCUUCUUUUUCUUGACUUCUUCUUUGAAAAUUAUGCUAGUAAUGAAAUUAAGAAUGCCCCCCCCCCCCCCCCCCCCCCCCAACUGGUAUUUGAAUAAAUAAUUUUUAAGAAUUAAGAUUUACAUUUAUGUCCCUUGAGUUGUGGCAGUGUUAAAUGUCUUUUGAUGAAAUUAUAACUUUGUAGUAAACAUACUGUUACUGUUUUUUUUUCCUUGAGAAAUGUGAUAAAGAGACCAUGACACAUUUUUAUCAGAGUUCUCUCUCCUGUUAUUGGUUGUUGAUCUGACACUAUAUCUAAGCCCCUGUUGUAGCUAAUGUCUGUGUAUAACUGCUGGUAUUGUAUAAACUCUGUCACUUAUAUAGAACUAUUUUCUUUACUAUUGUACAUGUAGUUGCAGCUAAACAUGUCAAAAUGUUAUUUUUUUUAUUUUGAAGAACUGAACUAGAAUUUCCUCUCUACUUUACAGUACUGGUUAAAUUUUGAUAAUGGAGCUGGUAGAAUUUGUACACCAGAUUCAGCUGUGAUUCUGUUGCAUUGUUUGUGGAGAGAACUUGGGUGCUUCAGACCUUGUGGUUAUAAUGAUGUCAUCGUAUUAAAAUGCAAUAUUAUUAAAUGACUCAACUGAU